AUGGUCAAUGAUUUACAAUGCGGGUCGGGGAGGUCUGGCAAUUGGAAAUUCGUUGAUGAUGUUACUAUCUCUGAGGGAUUAUUAAGGAAUGGGGAACCGUCUGUAAUCCAGUCCGAUUUAACUUCUAUAGCUACAUGGGCAUCUAAUAACCUGAUGAAAUUGAACACAAAGAAAUGCAAAGAGAUGCAAAUUUGUUUCUUUCGGAACAAACCUGAACUACCACACUUGUGUGUUGAAGACCAGAUCUUAGAAUGUGUAUCGUCGCACAAGGUUCUUGGAUUGAUUAUCCAGGAUGACCUUAAGUGGAAUGAACAUAUUUCGAUGAUUGUUACCAAAGCAUCCAAGCGACUGCAUAUCCUACGUGUCCUACGACGGGGAGGGAUUCCACCGCACGACCUUAUCACAAUUUAUUAUGCAUUGAUUAGAUCUACAUUAGAAUAUUGUUGUACAGUAUGGCAUUGUGGUCUACCUAUGUAUCUGUCUGAACAAGUCGAGAAAAUUCAAAAACGUGCACUGAGGAUUAUACUGCCAGGUCGAUCCUACGGUGAAGCGCAAGAAAUGUUGCAGUGUCCUAGGCUGGAUAUACGUCGAGAUGAACUUUGCGAAAAGACGAUGAAAAAUAUUGCAUUCGGGGCAGUCGUCUUUCUUCCCAUCUAA